AUGCAGACUAGCCUUCCUCGUCAAUAUGGUCAAUACUGGAUUCCCGAGCAAGGCCUGCCACACCUGCCGCCGUCGCCGGGUGAAGCAACUGUGACCUCGGCCGCCCCGGCUGCUUGCGCUGUAAGAAGUUCGGCCAUGAGUGUCCGGGCUGUAGAGACUUCAGUGACUCAAUGCUCUGAGCGAAAGCAUGAUCAAUAUUUCCAAAAAGCUGUAACGAGACAACCACAGUUAGCAUUCGUAUAUGCGCCGACUGAACAUUGGGAGGCACAUGCCAAGCCUUUUCUUCUCGGCCAAUUCACAAUAGUAACCUUACAUGGCGCUCGUGUGUACGGCUCGCUCGACUUUCUGCCGCAACUACUUGAACGCGCUGGUACUGAGUCUACGCUGUAUAAGGUGUGCGAUGCUAUUGCGUCUGCCUACUUUGCCAACCGGUCACGUUCCGAUAGUAUUGAAUUCGGCCAUCGAAAGCUGUAUGUCAGAGCUUUGCAAUCUCUAUCAAAUGACGUUUCAGACGUUGAGAAGCAAAGCCAAGACACUACGCUGGCGGCAGUGUGGCUGCUGUGCUUGUAUGAGCUCAUAGUCGGCGCACGGGGCCAAGAACCUCGGGGCUGGAGGACGCAUGGUGAAGCAUUGAUCGGACUAUUGCGAUUGCGAGGCCAGAACCAAUUCCAGACUAGAACAGGUUGCCAGCUUUUCCAGCUAGCGUACCAGACCGUUGCUGAAUGA